GAGCAACUCAUAAUGCCACCUUGAGUCCUCCGCAGAUUGCAUACAGACAUACGAACAUCCUCACGACUUCCCGAAGGUCGCAAUGGAGGAAAUUAAGCUGAUUGGUACCUCUGAGAUCUCGAAGCACAAUUCUCCAAACGACUGCUGGCUUGUGAUUGAGGAUCAGGUCUGGGACUGCACCAACUUUGUAGACGAUCAUCCUGGAGGAGCAAAUUUGAUUCUAAAAUAUGCUGGCAAUGAUGCGACAACGGCUUAUCUGGAGGUCCAUUCCUCAUCAGUUGUCAAGAAUACCCUACCGAUUGGCUGCUUCGUUGGGAAUCUCGAUCGGGCGACAAUCACAUCGGAUUGGAAGCAAGAACCGAUAGCGACGAACGCUGCGCAGGCCGUGCCUGAGAACGAGAGACCACCACUACACACAGUGAUCAAUGCCCAUGAUUUCGAAGAUGUCUCUGCGAAGACCUCAUCAGCCAAAACUCACGCAUUCUAUUCCACGGCAUCCACCGACUGCUGGACACGAGACAUGAACCAAUCUAUGCUCAAAAGAAUCUGGUUCAGGCCCCGAGUAAUGCGAGACGUAGCUGACAUCGAUACAUCAAGCACAAUACUUGGCGUCUCUGUCAAAGUCCCGCUAUUCAUCUGCCCGAGUGGCCUGGCAAAGAUGAUUCAUCCAGAGGGCGAGAAAGCGCUGGCGCGUGCAGCGCAAUCUAGCGGCAUCUUGGAGAUUGUUUCUAGCAACGCUUCCUAUCCCGCAAACGAGAUUAUCUCCCAAGCACCCUCUCACCCAUUUAUGUUCCAGCUCUACGUCAACAAGGAUCGACCUAAGACCGCUCGAGUCAUUGCCAACGCCGUGAAACUUGGCAUGCGCGCCAUCUUCAUCACGGUGGACGCCGCAGGUCGAGGCAAGCGCGAGUCCGAUGAACGCCUGCGCGUCGACGAAAUUGCCAUCAACCCCAUCACCGGAGAAUCACUUGGCAAACGUGGCGGCGGCCUGACCAAAACUGUGGGGGCAUAUAUCGAUCAAGCCCUGAUAUGGGAAGACAUCGACUGGAUUCGAAGUCUCACCGACUUGCCUAUCGUGCUGAAAGGAAUACAAACCGCCGCUGACGCCAAAAUGGCAAUGAAGUACAACGUACAAGGCAUCUUACUCAGUAAUCACGGCGGGAGGAACCUCGAUUACUCGCCUCCUUCUAUUCUUCUCCUCCUGGAACUCCACAAACAGUGUCCUGAGAUCUUUGACAAAAUGGAAAUCUACAUCGAUGGAGGCUUCCGUCGGGGCGGAGAUAUGCUUAAAGCUUUAUGCUUGGGCGCGAAGGCUAUCGGCAUGGGAAGGCCGUUCUUAUUUGCUUUGGGAUACGGCGCUGAGGGUGCGGAGCACUUGGUUGAGAUUUUGCGAGAUGAGCUCGAGAGUGCGAUGAAAUUGGUGGGUGUGAAGGAUUUGAGUGAGGUGCAUCCUGGAUUGGUGAAUACGAGUGAUGUGGAUCAUCUUGUACCUGAAUCGGAAGAACAUUCGUAUGCAAAGUGGAGGCCCAAGGCGAGGAUUUGAGCAUGUCUGUUCGCAGGAGUGAGUGGGCCGAGGCGCGGAAGAACAUAUGCUCUAUCAUCGAAAGCUACAGCAAUAGAGGAUGAUUGCAGUCGGAACAUACGAAUAGAAGCAAGUAUCGAUUCUGGGCGGCAACCAGCA